AUGUUUAGCAUCGAUAUUGAUCUAGUCAAUAAACAAUAUACUGCUUUUGCAGAUAUUACUCAGUUGAGCAAUUUUCCUGGUGAAAAAGAAGUUCUUCCUUCCAUCGGUUCAGUAUUUCGUAUAGAAUCGGUGGAAUACGGCAAGAAAGAACGAUUUUAUCGAGUACAUCUGUCACAAGGUUUAGGUGGAUGUUAUCAGAAUAUAGCGAGUUAUUAUUACAGACAAUGUGAACAGCGGCAGACGUAUCAUUUAGAGAAAACGUCAGCACUUGAUCUUCUCGGUUGUUUACAGUUAGCGAAACAUGACGCAGAAGCAGUAGCAAAUCAUAAUCUUCGGCGAAAGAAGUUAUUCGAAAUCAGUGAUAAUGAUUUGGUUAUAAAAUGUACAUUUUGA